AUGCGGCUCUUCAACCUCGUCGCGGUAGCCCUAUCGCUGUUCUGCAGCUCCCUAGCCAUAAACAAUGGACUUCAAACCACAGUCGAGUGGGAUAAUGGCUCCCUCAUGGUCAACGGCGAGCGUGUCAUGAUCAUGAGUGGAGAGUUCCACUAUGCCCGUCUGCCCGUGCCCGAGCUCUGGGCUGACGUCUUCCAAAAGUUCAAGGCAAAUGGCAUGAACACGGUGAGCAUCUACUUCUUCUGGUCCUACCAUUCGGCCUCACGCGGCACCUUCGAUUUCACCAGCCCGGCAAAAGAUGUGCAGCGUCUUUUCAAGGCUGCCCAAGACGCUGGAUUAUAUGUCAUUGCGCGUCCAGGACCCUACUGCAAUGCCGAGACCAACGGCGGCGGCUUCGCGUUGUGGACGAGUGACGGCAGCGGUGGGCGAUACCGCACAAGUGACGAAACGUAUCGGAAAGCCUGGUCUGAAUGGGUCGCUGAGAUUGGCGAUAUCAUAGCGAAGAACCAGAUUACAAACGGCGGCCCCGUGGUGCUGACGCAGGUGGAAAACGAACUGCAAGAGACACGGCAUGUGGCGGAUGAUACGCUGGUGAUUUACAUGGAGCAGCUCAAGGCGGCGUUCAAGCAAGCGGGCAUCACUGUGCCCCUGACCCACAACGAAAAGGGAUUCCGGUCCAAGAGCUGGUCGACGGACUACCAGAAUGUGGGCGGCGCAAUCGACAUUUACGGACUGGACAGUUAUCCUGGGGGUAUGAGCUGCACGAAUCCGGACACGGGAUUCAACCUGCCAAGGACAUAUUAUCAGUGGUUUCAAGAGGUGUCGCCCACGCAGCCAGAGUAUCUGCCAGAGUUUGAGGGCGGCUGGUUCCAGCCUUGGGGUGGGCAUUUCUUCGAUCAAUGCCUGGCGGAGCAGAGCCCGGAGUUUGCAGAUGUGUUUUACAAGGGGCUGAUUGCGCAGAAGGCCACACUGCUGAACUUGUACAUGGCUUAUGGCGGUACGAAUUGGGGCCAUCUUGCUGCGCCCGUCGUCUACACAUCCUACGACUACGACGCGCCACUUCGCGAAACACGAGAAGUCCGGCCCAAAUUCUCGCAAUACAAACUGCUCGCCCUGUUUACCCGCGUGAGCAAACGCCUGCACAACACCGCCAUGGAAGCCAACGGAACUGCAAAUGCCGUAUCUAGCUCUGCAAUCUGGACCUGGCAGCUCAAGAAUCGCGACUCGGAUGCAAGGUUCUAUCUUGCCGAGAACAACAACACGCGCACGCGAGACGUGACGAGUUUCUCCAUCACGGUCAAGACAUCACAGGGCGAUGUGACGAUUCCGAGCAUGCAGCUUGCGGGACGACAAAGCAGGUGGGUUGUUACUGAUUACGAGGUUGGAAAUGAGACGUUGCUUUACUCGUCGGCGGAAAUUGCGUCGUAUGGAUUGUUCGACCGCCCUGUUCUUGUCUUGUACACUCGGGAAGGACAGGCUGGCGAGUUUGCCUUCAAGUCGCAUGGCAGCUUGACGUUCAAGUCGUGGGGCGCAGAAUCAGGCAUUGCAAGCGGAAAAGCAAAUGGCACAUAUUCGAGCUUCAAGUUUACCCAGAGCAAAGGAGCGACCAUUGUCGAGUUCUCCAAUGGUGUUCUAGCGUACCUCUUGGAUAUCCCGUCAGCAUGGACCUUUUUUGCGCCGCCAACGACCAAAGAUCCCAACGUCACGCCUGACAAGCAGAUCUUCGUCCUCGGACCGUAUCUUGUCCGAUCAGCCAGUGUCUCUGGCGGAACUGUUGCCGUCGUUGGCGACAAUGCAAACGCCACUACGAUUGAAGUCUACGCCGGUGCGAGCGUAACCAAGAUAUCGUGGAACGGCAAAGACCUCGACACCACCCGGACGCCGUACGGGUCUCUGAGCGCAACACUCAAGGGCAUUUCAGACCGCAAAAUCACACUGCCUGCGCUCUCCAACUUCAAAGCGGCAGACUCGGCACCAGAAACGGAUCCCGCGUACGACGACAGCAGGUGGACGGUUGCGAACAAAACCACGACACUCAGUCCAGUCAAGCCGCUGACGCUGCCCGUGCUCUUCAGCAGCGACUACAAGUUCUACGCGGGCGCCAAAAUCUACCGCGGCUACUUCGCCGGGAAAACAGCCUCAUCCCUCAAUAUCACCGUGCAGGGCGGGCUCGCCGCAGGCUGGAAUGCCUGGCUCAACGGGCAGCCCAUCGGAUACCAUGCAGGCAACGCAUCGCAGACGUCGACCACAGCCGUGCUCUCGCUUCGCAGCUCCACGCUCCGCGAAACCAACAACGUCGUAACCAUCAUAACCGACUACACAGGCCACGACCAAACCUCGACGGGCCCCGCAGGCGCCCAGAACCCGCGGGGCAUUCUCGGCGCACACCUGCUGUCAGCAAACAAUACCGCGCUUCCAUUUUCGCACUGGAAAAUCCAGGGUAACGCCGGUGCAGACGCAAACAUGGAUGCUGUGCGCGGCCCCAUGAACGAAGGCGGACUCCACGGCGAACGCCUCGGCUGGCACCUCCCUGGUUUCGACACGACGUCGUGGACGCGCGCGAGCCCGACAGCCGACGGCGUGUCUGGGACGGGAAUCCGGUGGUUCACAACCACCUUUACACUAUCCAUCGCACCUGAUCUCGACGUGCCGCUGGGCAUCCAGCUGGGCGCCGCAACCGGCACCGUCGCACGCAUCCUGGUCUUUGUAAACGGAUACCAGUACGCCAAGUUUGUGCCGCAUAUCGGGCCGCAGACGACGUUUCCCGUUCCGCCGGGCAUACUGAAUACCGCGGGACGUAAUACGCUCAGUGUGGUUUUGUGGGCGCAGACGGCGGCGGGGGCGCGGCUGGACACGUUGAGAUUGGUGGAGUAUGCGAGGUAUGAGAGUGGGUUUGCGUUUGCCGACGUGCAGGGCGAGAGGUUGCAGCCGCGGUGGGUGGAUCGGAGUGCGUAUGCUUGA